AUGUUAUUUGUAUUCCCCUGUGAAAUGUAUUUAAUACGUCAUGUCAAACAUCACAAUCCACCCAAGGAGUUUGUGUGUGAUACCUGUGGCAAGGUAUCGCACACCUUGCAUGCCUUACUUAUACACCAGCAAAGGGUACAUGCACCCAAAGUUCCCGAACAGUGUACCUAUUGUGGUAAAUGGUAUUCGACACGAUGGACUCUGAAAAGUCAUGUCCUCAAUAUGCAUGUUCGUGCCGAUCAGGAACAUCGUUGUGAAAUAUGUGGUUUUGUGUCUAGUUCACGUACGGCCAAAAGGCGACACAAACAAUUCAAACACAAUCCGGAGAAACGUCAUAAGUGCACCAUGUGUGAGAAGGCUUUUAAGACACCAACUCUAUUGAAGGAACACACCGCUAUACACACGGGCAUUGAUUUAUAUAAUUGUGCCUAUUGUGAUGCCUCAUUCAAAUCAAAAUCGAAUCGUUCUACCCAUUAUCGUCGUCGUCAUCCAGUCGAAUAUAAUGCCAAUAUGAUAAGAAGAGCUCGCCCCACAGCCAUACCAAAUACUGAAUUUCCUUGUGAUCGAUAUAUGAAAAGUCAUCUGCAGAAACGACAUAAACAGCAAAAGCCACAACCACACCGUUGUGAUGAAUGCGGCGAAGCCAAAAGUACAGCCAAUGCCCUACAACGACAUAUACGUGAACAUCAUAUGCCACGAGAUCCGGUCCAGUGUAGCUAUUGUGGUAACUUAUAUGCGACACGGGCCACCCUACAACGUCAUAUGUUAAAUAUGCACGUACUCAUCGAUACGGAACAUCGUUGUGAAAUUUGUGGUUUUGUUUCGUCGACGCGUGAGGCUAAACGAAAACAUAUUCAAUUUCGUCAUAAUCCCGUUAAGAAACAUAAAUGUCAAAUGUGUGAGAAGGCCUUUAAGACACCGACUUUAUUGAAGGAACAUACGGCAACCCAUACCGGUAUUGAUUUAUAUAAAUGUGCCUAUUGUGAUGCCACAUUUAAAUCGAAAUCAAAUCGUUCCACCCACUAUCGUCGUCAUCAUCCGGUCGAAUAUAGUAUUAAUAUGAUACGUCGUCCUCGUCCCAGUGGUAUUAAUAACUAUGAGAAUAUAAACCAAAAUAUAAAUAGCAACAACACUACUAAUAAUAACUGCACCGAUAAUAGCAACACAAAUAAUACCACCAACAACAACAAUAAUACUAACACAACUAGUACUAAUGUUUAA